AUGAAGCUAUCUAUUUUCGCCUUCGCUUUGACUCUCUCUGUCGCGAUUGCGCAUGACUGCACAACGGGCUUGUACUAUUGCUCUUACAAUUUGGUCGGUAAAGGCAACUACCAUAAGCAAAUCGUGAGCGCUAUGGAAACCUGGUAUAAUACUAAGAACCUACACUACCAUAAUGCCGACUAUGCGGUGUUCAAGUGCAAUGGCGCCAAUGAUAUCAUCCAGGUCAAGGACUGCAACAACAUGUGCUCAAAUGGGGGUGAUGACAGAAGUGACUACUGCGACAAUUAA